AAUAGAAGACAUUCACUUCCAGGGUAGUUUUCGGAAGUGCCGGUUGUUUACCGCCGAAAUACAAAUUGUUAUACCAGCACAAGUUGUGUCCUGGUCUGGUUCGGUUCGCUUUGUAUAUUUUAUUCCGUUUUUUUUAGCUCCUCUUGUACAAAUGGCGACCGCGGCCGCAACUCCGACCGGCCAGAGAAGCACGUGCGGUAGCGGCACACCGCUCAGUCCGACCCGGAUCACCAGACUGCAGGAGAAACACCAACUCAGGGACCUCAACGACCGCCUGGCCCACUACAUCGACACUGUCCGCAGCUUGGAGUCCGAAAACAGCGUACUCCAUCUGCAAAUUAGCGAAAAGGAAGAGGUCCGGAGCAGGGAGGUCACUGGACUGAAAGCCCUGUAUGAGACCGAGCUAGCCGACGCCAGGAGGUGUUUGGAUGACUCGUCCAAGGAGCGGGCAUGGCUGCAGAUCGAGCUGGGGAAAUUCAAGUCCGAGAAUGAGCAGCUUCUGCACAACUACCACAGGAAGGACUCUGAGGCAGCAGGAGCCCAGGCCAGGUUGAAGGACUUGGAGGCUCAGCUCAACUCCAAAGACGCUAUGCUGGCCACAGCACUGUCUGAGAAGAGGGGCCUGGAGGCCACCAUGACUGACAUGCGAGAAGAGCUGCAGGAGCUGGAUACAGGUCUCACUCAGGCCAAAAAGCACCUUUCAGAUGAAAUGCUUCUGCGCGUUGACUUUGAAAAUCGCUGCCAGAGUCUAACCGAGGACAAAGACUUCCGUAAGAGCAUGCAUGAAGAGGAAGUGAAAGAGGCCCGGCAGCGAUACGAGACCAGACUGGUGGAGGUGGACUCUGGGCGGAAAGAGGAGUAUGAAUAUAAACUGACAGAGGCCCUGACUGACAUGAGGGCUCAGAACGAGGAGCAGAUCAAGAUAUACAAGGAAAACAUGGAGGGCACCUACAUGGCCAAACUGGAGGAUUUGCAUCGGUUGUCUGAGAUGAAUGGAGCUUCAGCCAACGUGGCCCGAGAGGAGCUCAGAGAGUCCUCUCGGAGGAUUGAGAGCCUCUGCGCCCAGCUGACAGGACUGCAGAAGGAGACCCGUGGUUGGCGUGAGCGUAUUAUGGAGCUGGAGUCUGCAUUGUCUCAAGAGAAAGACAAGAGCCGCAGGUUGAUGGCAGACAAAGAGCGUGAGUUGAUGGAGAUCCAGGCCAAGAUGCAGCAACAACUCAAUGAGUACGAACAGUUGCUUGACGUUAAGCUUGCCCUCGACAUGGAGAUCAACGCCUACCGCAAACUUCUGGAAGGAGAAGAAGAAAGACUGAAACUGUCUCCCAGUCCUUCAUCUCGUGUCACGGUGUCAAGAGCCUCGUCCAGCAGCCGCAGCGUGCAGACCACUCGAGGAAAGAGAAAGCGUGUCGACGUGGAGGAACAAGAAGCCAGCAGCUCUGUGUCCAUUGCUCACUCUGCUUCAGCCACAGGAUCCAUCUGCAUUGAUGAAAUUGAUACUGAUGGCAAGUUCAUUUGCCUCCAGCACAGUGGAGAUGAGGACCAGGCCAUGGUUGGGUUUGAGUUGAUCAAGACUACUGGAAAUGCUACAGCCACUUACAAGUUUACUCCCAAAUAUAUUCUGAAGGCUGGCCAGAAAGUCAUGGUGUGGGCGUCUGAUGCUGGUGUGAGCUCCAAACCUCCCACAGACUUGCUUUGGAAGAACCAGUCCUCCUGGGCUACAGGCGAGGACGUCCAUGUGGUGCUGAUCAACCCUCAGGGAGAGGAGGUGGCAAAGAGAACCACAAUGUACAAGACAGCCAUAGAAGAACAAGAGGAGGAUGAGGACGAGGAAGAUGGAGUGGACGAGGAGGAACUCUUCGACCAGCAGGGAGACCCUCGCUCUGCCAAGAGAGGCUGCUCUAUCAUGUGAUCCCACUGCUCCCAACAAGCCACCAUCACUCCUCCUCUGAGCCCAGCCAGUCUGCUGCCAACUGUAAUACUAGAACUAUUUUUCUAUCUUUUGUAGUAGUAUUUCAAUAAAGUGUUUUAAAUUUUCUUUUAUCAUCUAAUUUCUCAUAAAAAUACAAAAUCUGCAAUGUUCACAGUAUUUUUUAUCUUAAAUACCGAAAUAACUAUAUUGGUAUUGAACAGAAUUUGUAUUUGUAGUUCACAGCCUUUUUUUCCUUUUUAAAACCAAGCAACAGGUAGCUAAACUCAAGGACAGACUGUCUUUAAGAAAAUACUGUAAUUUUACAAUAGAUUUAAAAAAUUUUAUUUUAUAUUUUAUUGUGGAUGCUAUACUUAAUGCCUUUAAAUUACAAGAACUGCCACAAGAUGUCAGUCAUGAGUUAAGGUCAUGGACUGUUUGAGCUGGCUUUUUCAGAAAGAAAAACUGAGUAUACUGCAUGAACCGGAGUUAUUAUUUCAAAGAAGUUGCUCCAAUCAGUAAUGACCUCGAGGGGGUAAAAGCCAGCAGUUGCAUAAGGAAACUUGUAAAUGACAUUCUUCUAGUAUCUUUGCAAUACUACGGCAAUGCCAUUGUUAAAUGAUUGUAUUAAAGUGUGUAAAUGACCUGUAAUGUAAAUGUAAUGUAUGAAAAAUUCGGACCUGAGUACAUUACAAAAAUUGACUGAAAGUAACAACUUCAGCUAGUUUUUACCAGCCUAACCCAGAUAGACUCAUCCCAUCUGAAUAAUUUGUCAGAUGUAUCAUUGUGUUCUAUCAGGGGGCUUUAAUGUGAUGCAGCAAACCUGACUUUCUCUUCUCUGAAUAAGCAUUGCAACACUAAUUGAGUGUUGAACGCAUUCUGAACUUUUGAUAUUUGAAGUGUUUGAAGUACUUUUGUGUCAGUGUGUUACUAUGCAUGCAAUUGGCUGUGAUCUUUAUAGUUGAACAAUUAAAUGUUUUCUCGUA